CCUUUGCAAAAUAAGUUAGAAGUUCGACAUGGUGAUGUUAUGAAGGCUGAAUGGCCAUUUUUUGAUGUUUGUGUCGCAAAUCUGCCAUAUCAGAUCUCGUCUCCCUUUGUGUUCAAACUGCUUCUUCAACGCCCUCUUCCAAGGUAUGCUGUGCUAAUGUUCCAAAAAGAAUUCGCUGAUCGGUUAAUAGCAAAGCCUGGUGAUAAGGACUACUGUCGAUUGUCUGUGAACGUUCAGCUUCUUGCGAGGGUGGAGCACCUAAUGAAAAUCAAAAGAACGGAAUUCCGUCCUCCACCAAAAGUGGACUCAGCAGUAAUUCGAAUCGCACCAAAGAAUCCACCUCCCCCAAUAAAUUUCGAUGAGUGGGAAGGCAUGCUUCGCCUGUGCUUUCUCAGGAAAAACAAGAAGUUGCUCUCCAUAUUUAAGUUGAACAACGUAACAGAACUGAUAGAGAAGAAUCACCAGAAACUGUGCAGUCUACUGAACAAGCCAAUACCAAAAGACUUCAGUGUCAAGAAACUUAUUGAAGACACACUAGUGGAGGCUGGCUUUGCUGAAAAACGCGCACGUUCGAUGUCCAUUGAACAGUUCCUCGCUCUUCUGCUUGCCUUCAAUAAGGCAGGGAUUCAUUUCCACUCGUAA